AUGGUGAGUGAACUCAUGUUCAUGGACGAAGAGAUGGCAAUUGACGAAGGGCUUGGUUACCCGAUAGCCUACGCCAAGCUGUGCAGGGACAGGAGUUUUGGGCCAUUUAGCCAUGGCCCUCCAUUCACUUUCACUCCCUAUGUUUUGCCACAAGAAGAGGAUUCAAGAACAAAGGAGUAUGAUGAGAUGUUUCCAAUUGUUGAUCCCAAAGCAAUACCCACAACCAAGCCCAAGAUUUUUGUAGGUCUUCUGUGGAAACGGCUUAAUCAUCUCGGGAAUGCUGGUUUUGAUCCAGAAAUAUUUCGAGUUGAUCCAUAUGGCAAUGUUCUGUACUAUCAUGCUGACUCUGCUUCACCUCUUGCAUGGGACAUUGAUCAUUGGUUUCCCUGCACAAGAGGGGGAUUGACAGUUCCAAGCAAUCUAAGAAUAAUACAAUGGCAAGUCUGCAAGAAAAAGCAUAACAAGCUGGAGUUUCUCAUACCAUGGUGGGAAUUUCAAGUCGGCAUAUCCAUUAACCAGUUCUUGUCCGUCUUUGCUUCAUCUAACUCAGAUUUCAGGCACAGAGCAUUUUCUUGGUUGUUUUCUGAAGGUGAAAAUGAAGAACUAAAGGCUUCACAAACAUUUGAUUCCCACACUUUCCCUCAGCAUUUCACUGAAUCAAAAGAAAUAAUGGGUCUGGCUCCAGCUGCUGUUGUUUUGUCCGGAAGGGAAUCUUGUGACACCCCAUUGAAAUCACUUGAUGUAAAUCGAAGACCAAGAUCAAGUACCCCAAUCAUAGCUACAAAGAAACUGAAGCCAUUGAAGGAAAAUCAAGAUAAAAUCAUGGCGACUAACCCUUAUCAGGCUAUUAUUAUGGCCAGAGAUUCUCUGAAACAGAGAGAAGUAACGGUGAAAAUGGAGGCAGAAAUACAGAAAUUAGAUAUGGAAGUCAGUGAAUUGCACCAGAAGACUGAGGAAGAGAAGGCUACCAUCCAAGACCUCGAGUUGGUGCUGAUGAAGAGAAGAAGACGAGCUGAAAAGUGUCGGCAACUAGCUGAAUCACAGUGCUCCUACAGAGCAGUAUUAGAAAAGAUGAUUCGAGAUGCCAUGCACCAGAGUGUUGUCUACAAAGAACAAGUAAGGUUGAAUCAAGCAGCAACCAGUGCCCUUUUGGCUCGACUUCAAGCUCAAAAAGCAAUCUGUGAUUCGGCUGAGAGAGAUCUUCACAGGAAAUAUAAACAAAAAGAUGAACUGGAGAAACAGAUAAGACCUGAAUGGGAUCAGGCACGGAAAAGAUCAAGGAUGGACGAUACCACAGACGAAGAGAAAGACAAUAAGACCGUCCUGUAUUUGCCAGGAAAUGAUCCGAAGGCACGACUACAGAUGGAAAUAAACGAUACUUCUUUAACAAGUAAAGAUGAUAAGACCCUCCUGUACUUGCCAGGAACGGAGUCCAGGGUCCCUGUACAUAAGGAGCUCUGGGAAUUCUUGGAGGAGGAGCAGAGGGCUUCAUCAGCAAGUUUACCACUGAAGGACGAACAAGAGCAAGAAAUUAACAAAAUACGAAUAGUGAAGCCUCAGAAAUGUAAUGAAGCCAUGGUUGCAACACCAGACAAUAAACCAAUCGAGGAAGCACUUGAGAAGUUGGAGAUACAAGAGGGAGGGAUAAUAUACACCAUUCGAUUCCCGAUUCAUUGUGAACCGGAUGGAAAUGAGGAUGAAGAGAGUAGAAAGGAACGCGGGAAAGGAAAUGUAGAGAAGUGGCUUCAACUAUUGUUGGAGAAUUCAGGAGAAGAUACCGAGUUAAAGUCUCAAAAAGCUAAUGAAAAUGAACCUAGUGAGACUGAGAAAUUAAUCCGGAAGCUGAACCUAAUAUAUCCAGACAAGAAGAUCGAAGUUUCAAGAGUCAAGGAAUCAGAGUGUUUGAAUCAGAUUGAGGAAAAUAGUGAGAAAGCAAAAGAGAUUGCUGAAAUAGACGCAAGAAAAUCAAAGUCGAAUAACAAAAAAGAAGAUGAGAAAAAGAGUGAAGUUGCUAAUACAAGCAAUAAAAACACUCCAUUAAAGAAUCCACCAUACAAGAUAGGACCAGAGAGAAGUAAAGUUAAUGAAUCGGGUUCUGAUGGCAAAAAAGUAGGGAAAACUAGUAGUGCUGAAGAGAAGAAUGGGAGACGAGGAAAAGUUGGAAAAGAAAGGGAGCUUUCGAGGUCAGAGAGUUUCAGAUCAUUUCGCCAAAUUCCAUCUUCUCCAUCUCUGAUAUUGGAAGGUAUGAAAAAGAGAGUGGAUUGCAUAAGGAAAAAGCCAUUAGUGCUUGAUGGUGAUGAUGAUGAUGAUUACAAUGAGGAUCUUGCAGUGGCCAGAAACAGCUUCAUUAAGACAAUAAAGAGAGCAGUAAAGAUUUAG